AUGAAGUUCCUUCAUUAUUAUCAGAUUGAAUGUUUUUCUUUUUUUGUCGGUAUUUUCGCUUGUAUUCAUUCACUUUUUCUUUAUUAUUUUGUUUAUAUAUUUUCUGAUUUUCCCGUACCGUCUCCCUAUUUUUUUGAUAAUAAGUUUUGUUAUAUUGAAUUCUUUCGCUCCUAUUCCUUUUAUAGUAAUUUCGAUGUUUUUCAUUUAGCUUUUCUUUAUUUUGUUCUCGGUAUUUUCGUUUACAUUCAAGCACCCUUUCUCUAUUUUUUUGGUAAUUUUUUUUAUUAUUUUCACGUUUGUUGGGCACUUUUUCUUCUCCUUUAUUUCCAUCUUUGUCCUUUAUUGUUAAUGUUUCGUUAUAAUUUUGAGUUUGAGGUCUGGAUGACGAUUCUGACCCAUUAUUCAACAUUUCAGCGAGAUCCCCUGCCGUGUAAACUUUUUCAGCAGCUAACCCUUUUUGAGUUGGAAUAG